AAAAGAACUAUACAGAGCGGCUAUGGGACCACCAUUCCCAUAAUUUCUCCUCAAUCCCCUUGUAUACUUUUUCCCGGAAAAAUUUCCCACUCCCAUUUUUUCAUUUCACACGCAACACACAAGCAUUUCUUUAGUAUUUGAGGGCAAGAGAAAAGUUUAGAGCUGUUGCUUUCCCAGAUUCUCUCUCAAGGGAAUCCAUUUUGGGUCACCUUUUUGGAGGAUGGAAGCGUUGGUGAUGGUGCUGAGGAAGAAGCUUUGUAGUUGUAAAUGGGUUUUCCUCUUUCAUCUACUCUUAGCUGCUGUUGUCUGCUCUAAACAUCAUGGAAACCCUGCCAAUGAUCUUGUUGAAAUCAUCAACAAGAAUCGAACAUCCGAAAAGCUUCCACAACUGAAUGAUAGUCCAGGUCUUGGGUGCAUGGCCUUGCAAUAUGUUGAACUAUGCAAGGACAACUGCACCGGCAACACUGCUGUAAACUGUAAACCUCCAGAAGACGAUUUCACCGAAAUUUUUGCUCCAAAUUGUGGUGUAGAGCUACCCACUUUCGGCACCAUAACAGGCCACAUUGUGGGUUGUCAAUCCAAGUAUCUCGAGCCAUCAAUAGCUUUCUCUCUUGCUCUUGUUAAAGACAACAAAACAUUAUCUAUCCUGAAAAACAGAUCACAUACAGGGGUGGGUGUAGGCAUUGUUGGGUUUCACAAAGGUCCCUUCUUCUGGAGUGUUUUGUUUAGUGAUGAUCACAAGAUGAACUCUACAUUUGUUCUGGAAGACCAUGGCAAAGGGAUCAAGCAGAAAGUAGGAUGCUAUAGUGGAAGCUCCUUCCCUUGCAGUGAUGGACAGAGGAUUUCUGCAUUUCUUACCGAUAUGAUUUUCAUUUGUUUUUCUGGUAUUUAUCUGUUCAAUCAACUGUACCACCAUUGAUCCACUACCUUGUUUAGUUAUGAUCCCGCCACAGUGGUGGAAGAUUUUGUUACAAGUGUUCUUUUGAAAGGAUUAAUGAGAUGUUGAGCUUCAGCUUAAGGGGAUUUUGACCCAAAUAUUA